GUCCAAGUCUAGAAGACACCUGCACUGCGUGCGCUGCAAUCCCUCUUGAAGAACAGUCGAAAUACAUUUCUGAGUAUAUUGCCCACAGGCAGAUCUACUCAUGGCUGAGAACGCACCUCCACCUACUUCGACCUCGUCGGGCGACUCUUCACGAGGCAUGCCGUACUAUGAGAAGCUGAGGCGCGACUUGCGGGAGACGCUGCAGAAAAAGCGGGCGCUGGACGCGUCAAUCAUGAAUCUUGAAGACAACAUCUACAGGCUUGAGACUCAGUACCUGGAAGAGACGACGGCAGGCAACAUCAUCAAGGGCUUCGACAACUACAUCAAGGGCACCACUUCAAGCACAACUGCCGGUGGCGCUGGCACAGCGUCAAGAAGAAAGGGAGGUAUCACGGAUGCGGAUAGGAUAUUCAGCAGGAGCUCGGCGAGCUUUCAACGGGACUCUCCCGACAGAUCUUCAAAUUCAACGCCUUCGCAUGCGGCAACACCAGCGUCGAGCUUCCAUCAUAGCAAUCACCCGACACCGUCGGCGACGAGCAACAAAGGUAGCGUAGCUGGCAACAAGAAGAAGAAGGCUCCCGACGAUGACGACACGGAUAGUAAGAGCACCAAGCGCGGCAAGAUCACAUAUGCACGCGAGUAAAUCGCUAUUGACAUGAUUUAGAAGAUGCUGCAUCAACCAUCACUAUCUUUAAAUCGAUUUUGCAGCGACUGCCAUAUCGUUGCAAAACAUCAAGGCUUCAACAUGGUACCUCUUGUUCGCUACUUUCCAUGGAACCUCCAAAACAAAGCAGUGUUUCUUUUUUCCUGCUUUCGCUGUCCAUCACUUUGCAGGAUAUGUGGAAAGGUCGCGCAUGUGAACAUAUGCAGAACCUUCAAAUCGGCUGCAUAUGGGAGUAUGUCACUCAGUCCGAGGUCCACUCCUCAGCCCAGAAGCCGAUAAUUCCGUCAAUAUCUUCCUCCUUCACGCCACCUUCAAUGAGUCUUUGUGCGUCCUCAUCACGCAAUUCCGCAACGUCCCUUAGGCAUGUUGUCUGAUCCGUCAACGCAAUCCACGUCUCCUGCCUCAUCGGUGGAUCUGUCGUGCAAAAAGGGAGAACGUUCAGGGCUGCACUGAUCGGCUUUGAACAAGGAAAGGGCAUGCCUCCGGUGAAGGGCUUUUCGAACGCGCUGAGGAUGCUCGGCAGUGCAGACGCGUUAGCGAGAGGAAGAAGGGGGGUGCUGAUACGUGCUUGCAUGAGCUGAAUCUGAAAGUCGUUGAAUGCAUGUAGAGGUGUAGGAAAAGCGGCAACACCUUUGUCUAAAGGGUGGAGAUAGAAUAUGAUGGCGCAAUAUUUACUGCCACUUAUGCUUGCAUGGCGAUGUACGCGAGCUAAAGUCAAGUGUAUGUUUGCUGGUGCGACCGAAGAGGACGUCGCAACGAGAAAGCGAAGCUCCUGUUCCUUGUCCUCAGGCCUGGCUAAACGGAUAUGGAGCGCCAGAUCAUGUGUCUGCAAAGAAGUCUCUGACUCUUGUAUGUCAGGAUACGUUGGCUUAUGUAGUGUGGUGGGACACUGCACCGCGUAACGAGAGCGGCCGCUCCUGCAAGGCUGGUAUCAAGCCCGAGCACGAUGCUCUACGACGGAGUGAAGUACAGAAUGACAUCCCUUGACUUCAACUUGAAAAGCUUUUUGAACUUGCAUUUCAUACUUUGGCCUCUGUCUGGGUGCCAUUUAAAUCUCAAAGGCGCCCAUCCAUCGCUCCUUCCACAGCAGUCCUACCAAAUCAUAUGAUGGAAC